AUGGCAGCCCUUCAAGCCCAGAAUCUAUUACCAUCAGCGGCGGCGGCGGCGGCGUCGCGAGUCCCAUAUGGCCGCAGGUUAUGUGCGAGUGUUCAUGCCCCCUCUAAUGUCAGAAUCAAGCGUAGGAUCUCUCUUCCAAAGCUACCAACCAACAUCGCCAUGGGGGAUUUGAUCCUGAGAGAAGAGAGCACAGCCACCAGGCAACGUCAAACACAUACUGCGACCCAUGACAAAUAUGAAGAUCUGAUCAUCACCAAGCUUCAUGCCAUAGCCGAGGCAGUUGCCGAUCGAGCAGAGAUGCACGCAAUCAUCGGAGCACAGAGGAAUAACUGGAAUCACCUCUUCCUCCACUCCAUCAACUCCAUUAGCCUCACUGCAUCCCUCAUGGCUGGAAUCUCAUCUAUCCCCGUGGGAGAAGCCACACCCCACCUACUAGCCUUCAAGCUCUCUUCCGUGAUCUUGUUCACUGCUGCAACCGGGAUGAUGCUGGUCGUCAACAAGAUCCAGCCUUCCCAGCUAGCCGAAGAACAAAGGAAUGCGACCCGGUUGUGGAAGCAGCUCGAGAGAUCGAUCCAUGCGACUCUCGCCCUCCGAGCCCCUACCGAAUUGGAUGUCGAGGAGGCCAUGGAGAAGGUGCUCGCACUCGAGAAGGCCUACCCACUGCCUCUGCUCCCCGGCAUGCUCGAGAAGUUCCCUGAAACCGUAGAGCCUACUCGAUGGUGGCCCAAACUAAGGCGGCAGGAGAGACGUCGACAAUACGUUAACGGCGUGGAAAGGAAUGGCUGGAGCAAGGAGCUGGAAGAGGAGAUGAUGGGCAUCCUGAGAGUACUGAAGGUGAAAGAUGAGGAGCAGUACGUGAGGUUGGGCAAGGUGGUCUUGAACAUUCAUAAGACUUUAGCCACCUUGGGCCCUCUAGUCUCUGGCCUGGCCGCGCUCGGUGCCGGUUUGAUUGGCUCGCCGGCUCUUGGGCAAUUGCCUGUCUUGCUUGGGGUCGUCGGAGGGGCACUUGCAGCUGUAGUGAAUACAUUGGAGCACGGCGGACAGGUCGGAAUGGUGUUUGAGCUGCUCCGCAACUGCGGCGGCUUCUACAGGAGGCUACAGGAAGAGAUUGAGUCAAAUCUGGGGGAAAGAGAUGCGGAGAGGAGGGAGAAUGGGGAGUUGUUUGAGAUGAAGAUGGCAUUGCAGCUAGGAAGGAGCCUCUCUGAGCUAAAAGACUUGGCAUCAUAUGCCUCUUCCUCAUGCAAGGAUGAAGACAUUGGAGAGUUUGCUGGGAAGCUGUUCUGAUCGUAUCUUCCUCCUUUUCCGGACUGUCAAAGUGUAGAUUUUGUUCGGUAAAGAUAAAAUUAACUUACUGUGGAUAGAUUGAUUUUUAGAAGCCAUGUAUAUGCUU